CACGUCUCCCGAGGGAGGCAGAUGGAGGGAGGCCGGCCUUCGCCUUUAAGAGCACUCUCCUGCCACCCCUCCCUUUCCCCAGAGGCAAGCUUCAUCAGGCAGGAGCCAGAGGCCAGAGAGAGAGCGUGCAGCUCCAGAGGCGGCCGCUGACAGCACCAGCAUGUCUUACAGUGUGACCCUGACUGGGCCCGGGCCCUGGGGCUUCCGUCUGCAGGGGGGCAAGGACUUCAACAUGCCCCUCACUAUCUCCCGGAUCACACCAGGCAGCAAGGCAGCCCAGUCCCAGCUCAGCCAGGGUGACCUCGUGGUGGCCAUUGACGGCGUCAACACAGACACCAUGACCCACCUGGAAGCCCAGAACAAGAUCAAGUCUGCCAGCUACAACUUGAGCCUCACCCUGCAGAAAUCGAAGCGUCCCAUUCCCAUCUCCACGACAGCACCUCCAGUCCAGACCCCUCUGCCAGUGAUUCCCCACCAGAAGGACCCCGCUCUGGACACGAACGGCAGCCUGGUGGCACCCAGCCCCAGCCCUGAGGCGAGGGCCAGCCCAGGCACCCCAGGCACCCCGGAGCUCAGGCCCACCUUUAGCCCUGCCUUCUCCCGGCCCUCCGCCUUCUCCUCACUCGCCGAGGCCUCUGACCCUGGUCCUCUGCGGGCCAGCCUGAGGGCCAAGACCAGCCCAGAGGGGGCCCGGGACCUACUCGGCCCGAAAGCCCUGCCGGGCUCAAGCCAGCCGAGGCAAUAUAACAACCCCAUUGGCCUGUACUCGGCAGAGACCCUGAGGGAGAUGGCUCAGAUGUACCAGAUGAGCCUCCGAGGGAAGGCCUCGGGUGUCGGACUCCCAGGAGGGAGCCUCCCUAUUAAGGAUCUUGCCGUAGACAGCGCCUCCCCUGUCUACCAGGCUGUGAUUAAGAGCCAGAACAAGCCGGAAGACGAGGCUGACGAGUGGGCACGCCGUUCCUCCAACCUGCAGUCUCGCUCCUUCCGCAUCCUGGCCCAGAUGACGGGGACAGAAUUCAUGCAAGACCCUGAUGAAGAAGCUCUGCGAAGGUCAAGGCCCCAGGCCUCUUCCUACAGCCCUGCAGUGGCCGCCUCUUCAGCACCUGCCACCCACACCAGCUACAGUGAGGGCCCCGCUGCCCCUGCACCCAAGCCCCGGGUUGUCACCACUGCCAGCAUCCGGCCUUCUGUCUACCAGCCAGUGCCUGCAUCUACCUACAGCCCGUCCCCAGGGGCCAAUUACAGUCCCACUCCCUACACCCCCUCGCCUGCCCCUGCCUACACCCCCUCACCUGUCCCCACCUACACUCCAUCCCCAGCACCAGCCUAUACCCCCUCACCUGCCCCCAACUAUAACCCUGCACCCUCGGUGGCCUACAGCGGGGGCCCUGCAGAGCCUUCCAGCCGUCCCCCCUGGGUGACAGAUGACAGCUUCUCCCAGAAAUUUGCCCCGGGCAAGAGCACCACCUCCAUCAGCAAGCAGACCCUGCCCCGGGGGGGCCCAGCCUACACCCCAGCGGGUCCCCAGGUGCCACCACUUGCCAGGGGGACCGUCCAGAGGGCUGAGCGAUUCCCAGCCAGCAGCCGGACUCCACUCUGCGGCCACUGCAACAAUGUCAUCCGGGGCCCAUUUCUGGUAGCCAUGGGCCGUUCUUGGCACCCUGAAGAGUUCACUUGUGCCUACUGCAAGACUUCCCUGGCAGAUGUGUGCUUUGUGGAAGAGCAGAACAACGUUUACUGUGAGCGAUGUUAUGAGCAAUUCUUUGCCCCGCUGUGUGCCAAGUGCAACGCCAAAAUUAUGGGGGAAGUAAUGCAUGCCUUGAGACAGACAUGGCACACCACCUGCUUCGUCUGUGCGGCCUGCAAGAAGCCUUUCGGGAACAGCCUCUUCCACAUGGAAGAUGGGGAGCCCUACUGCGAGAAAGACUACAUCAAUCUGUUCAGCACCAAGUGCCAUGGCUGCGAUUUCCCCGUGGAGGCUGGCGACAAGUUUAUCGAAGCCCUGGGCCACACCUGGCACGACACCUGCUUCAUUUGCGCAGUCUGCCAUGUGAAUCUGGAGGGGCAGCCGUUCUACUCCAAGAAGGACAGACCCCUGUGCAAGAAGCACGCACACACCAUCAACUUGUAGGCGGCCAAGGCUGCCUGUGCUGACGAGGCCCGGAGCUGCUCCUGCUGCUGGCAACAAAGGAUUCGGGAGGCUGAUGUUUCUUCUGAGGGGAAUGGGGAGAGAGAGGAAGCGACUGAGCCCUUUGGAAGUAUAAUUUUAGGUUUUUUCUUCUGUACACAGAUCGUGUAUUUGCAUAGUUCAGACUAGGAGCCAAAUGAAGACUCAAAACCAAGCUAGUUAUUAAUCCAAGACUGGAAUUGUACUUCAGACAUUUAGAGCAGAAUUCCAAGAACUCAAAAGUGAAAAGCAACAAGCAGCUUUCCCAAAGCGAUACACUUGCUGUGGUCACCAGAGAAGGACAGAGCUCAGAGCAGCUAUGGAGAAUCUGAAGCAUUCUGCGGAGUUCUUAAGCGCUCCCCUGGCAAACAAAUUGAAGUGCCAAACAGCACUCACUGCAGGGUAUUUUUAGAGUUGUAGCUGAGAGCUUGUUAGCUAAGACCCACUGGGCUUUCCUCACCAAAAAAGGAAGUGUUAUUCCAUUACUAGCGUCAUGGAGCUACCUCUGCGCAUCAGACUUCAGACCUUGAACAAACUUAAAACCUUCUAAUGGGAGCCCAGACGUCCAAAGAGAUGUCUUCUGGGAGCCACUGGGCAAUUGCCAGGGCUCCAGGAAGGGCUCUGGCUCAGGUUGCAGACCGCUGAGAAAAGAUGGCCCUGUCAGCCACCCUCUCUCAGUCUGAAACAUCCAACAUCCCCAGAAGGCUUAGCUCCUUUUUGAAUUGUGAUGGGAAAGUGGAAUUGGGUUUUUCCAAUUUUGCUCUGUGGUGUGUGAGAGAUUUUUUAAAGGCUUUGAGUUGUCUUUGGCCUUUGUUUAGCUUUAAGGGUUCAUUAGCAUGAGUGUCUAGUCGUAUGCAUGACUUUCACCCCAACCUGUGACUGCUCACUUAUGACGUCUCCCCCAGUACCCUCCAUCUCAAAUAGGCUUGGUAGCCUGUGGAAAAGAAGAGAGACAGAGAGACUGUCUGAAACAGGAUGGCAGAAUAGGCUCACAUGCCCAAACUCUGGGUGGGGAAGAGGAAACUUACUUUCUGCUACCCUCAGUAAGAACACAUGAGGAGGCAGGACCUCCCACCUUCAGGUCUGCAUCAUCCUUUUCAAAUGUUCCUUUAAACGCAGCACACUGAGUUUGUACAAUUGUGUUAACUGCUGGAAGGAACAGAUGCACUGAUAUAUAUGCAUUUGCUGUUUUGGCCAGUAUUUUGAAAAUGUAUGAGCUGAGUUGAUCUAGCUGUUAUUUAAGUAUUUAUUGAAGUAGAGGGGCCUUCAAACUACUUUAUACUAGUGAUAGUUUGAGUUAGGUAAGCAUCUUAAAGCUGUUUGGUGAUAAAGAAGGCAGCUUAGAUUCUGUGGUUGGAAACAGUGUAGUCACUUUCCUUUUUAGGAAGCCCUGUUAAUAUGCUCAUCGAAAACAUGGCAUUGAAGCAGGCAGUUUGCAUGGAUGUUUCUCACUUGAGCACGAUAUUUAGGCUCUCUUCCAACUCACUCUAUUCUGUCCUCACUCCUGUUUUGGAUUUUUCUCUUUGCACGUUUGAAAUGUUUUAUGGGAAUGUAUUAGAACUCUUUUCUUCUAAGGACUGAGACUUCCACGGGACUGCCAUCUUACCUGAGUGUCUCUUCUCCAUGAGGGAGAAGGAAGCAGCUAGCUGUGUCCCUAGCUGCAGGAAGCCCCUAUUUUUUCCAAGCACGAAGCCACCAGUCUCCCCCAGGGAGCACCAGGGAGGGACAUGGAUGUGCUCCUGCCACAGGGCCCUUCCUACCUUUGGAUCUGUGAGAAGGUGAAUACAAAGCAGCAGGCAGAGUAAAAUCUGCUGGGACUGCCUGGAGAUUUGUCAGGAGUUGCAGACAAGUACCUUGCAGCAUUCUGUUAUUUUUGGAAAGUUCAAAUAUGCAGGGACAAGGAGGUUACUGACUGUACUGACAGGCUCUAAGUAGUUUUCUCAAAAAACUAUCUAUUCAAUUAUCAGGGACUAGUCUUGAGGAAAGAAAAAAAAAAACGUUCCCCGAAUUCUGUUUCCAAAAUCUCUUUUUAAAGGUUUUACACACACACAUGCACACACACACACACGAUCAUUAAAAAGUGUAUGAUCAUUAAGAAGAAAAGUAAAAUAUCUCAAAGGACAGUUUCACCACAGUCCUUUAUUGAAUCAAUUUUUCUGCAUUUCAGAGCAAUUGUAGAUUCUGAGGGACUCUUAUUUGCCAAAAAGACAAAACUAGCAAAAAAAAAAAAAAACACUUAAAAGGUAGCAGGAAAAGAAGGUAGUUUUGAAUGUGGUUCACUCAGUGUCUGUGAGUCUGGUGUAGUGUCAGGAGUAAGGCUGUGUCUAGUUCGUUUACAUUGUGGAUGUCCUACAACACUAAACAGAAUUUUUCAUAAUCCAUGGUGGGGAGCACACUUUGGAGCUACAGUUCUUGUCUCCUCAUUGUUGACAUUAAUUUAACAUUUAUAGGCCAGGCGCAGUGGCUCACGCCUGUUAUCCCAGCACUUUGGGAGGCCGAGGCAGGUGGAUCACCUGAGGUCAGGAGUUUGAAACCAGCCUGGCCAAUAUGGUGAAACCCCAUCUCUACUAAAAAUACACAAAAUUAGCCGGGUGUGGUGGCAGGCGCCUGUAGUUCCAGCUACUUGGGAGGCUGAGGCAGGAAUCUCCUGAAUCCUGGAGGCGGAGGUUGCAGUGAGCCGAGAUCAUGCCAUUGCACUCCAGCCUGGGCAACAAGAGCGAAACUCCGUUGCAAAAAAAAAAAAAAAAAAAAAAUUAUAACCACAACUUUUUGCAAUGGAGUGACUUAUAUCUGCAGCUUAUAUCUGCAGUGUUUGUGUUAGGAACCUAGCUUUUAUAAUGUUAACUUUUUAACUCAGUAUUUGGGAUUUUUUGUUUUGUUUUUGGAAAAAUUUCAGAAGUGGAAUGUAGCGUGUUAAAGGCGUGCACAAAAAUAUUUUGCAUGUGCUUUUUUUUUUUUUGCCUGUGUGAAUUCUACUUUUUAGCAAAAAUAAAGCCCUCCAAAGGAUGUGCAAAUACAGA